CGGCAGAGGCCGGGUGGGGAGGAGGAGGGAGGCACCGGCUGCGGCACCGAGGCAGGAAGCGGCGGCCGCUGGGGGGGUGGGGGAGGGGAAGGAGGCGAAAAAAAAACAAAAAAGAAAAAGAAAAAAAAAAAAAAAAAGAAAAAAAGAGGCAAAACAACGCAGCAGCAGCAGCAGCAGCGGAGGCUACGCGCGGAGUACCCGUCGUCGCGGUCGGGCUCGCCGGUUACCGAAGCGCCUCCCGACUCCUCGGAGCUGGUGUCGCGGCAGCCCUCCCCCCCUCUCCUGUCGCUCUCGCCCCUGGAGCCUCUCCCCUCCUUUCACCUCCCGGCAGCAGCGUCGUCCGCGACGACCCUCCCGGUGUCCGUCCGGUUUACAUGAGGGGGAAGGAAGCCCGGCUGGAGCCGAGAAGACGCGCAGCAGGGGAAGGACUGCUCCGAGGAGCCGCCGCCGCCGGACCCCGCGCCCCGGUUAGUCCGUCGGGCCCUCCCCUCCGCGGCGCCCAGCGGCCGAGACCCUGUCCCGUAAUCUCCGGGCGAUUUGGGAGAACCGGUUAAACACCUUCCAUGGGGGAGAGAGGAGCCCGGCCCCCCGCCGCCUGCACCUUCCCCUCCCUGCCGGAGGCUGCUCCUCUCCUGAGGUAAAAAAAAAAAAAAAAAAAAAAUCUCCCUCCUGCCUUCCCCGACACCAGAACUGUUCCGAGGGAGGGGGGGACACCGCGGGGGCACCGCACAGACAGCCGGGGCCUGGCGAGCCCAGCCUGCCCGCGUCACCCGCCCCUGCCCCGCUGGAUGCCGGGUCCCUGAGGAGGACAAACACAUCCACGCGUUAUCCACCCGGCCCGUGGGCCAGAGGCUCGCUCGUCUGCAGGGAACCCCCAGGUCUCGGUGGAAGGAGGCGAGCCCCGCACCAGAAACCACCCUCCCAGCAGCAGUGAGAGCAAGAAAAAUCUCCUUCCCCUUCCUCCUCCUGCACAACUCGCUGUCCCCUCCCUUCCCUUUUCCCCAGCGCUGAAUUUCCGAGAUGAAAAUCUGCCUCUUCGGACAGCCAGGACUCAUGUGAAGGACACGCAAUUAUUGGAUCAUAAAUAAGAAGCGAGUCUGGCGAGCUCAGAAACCCAGCCCAAAAGAGCAGCAUCAAGAUUCCACCCUUCUCCUGCACAACUCACUCCCCACCCUACACACAUAGAAUACUAAUUUCCUGAGAUAAGAUCUUACCCCUUUAAACAACCACACGCGCACACACACGGUGUAUAUUAUUACUAAAUAUAAUAGGUUAAACCCAGCAGCACGGGAAAUAGCCUCUUCUGCAACUCAUUCCCCCUUUUCACCCUUCUGAAUGCUGAGAUCCUGAGGUAAAUUUUUCUCUUACCCACAGCAAAGACUUUUUUUCUGAACAGGACACAAAUAUAUAUUAGAUUAUAGAGAUGUAUUAAAUUAUUCCAGAUUUAAAUCUAUUUUUUGCUGCCAAGGGGUCAGGGGACCAGGCGUCAUUGUAUAUUUUUUUUUUCUUCCCUCUUAACUCAUUUAUGGGUGAAUCAAGGCUGCUGAGAAGGAAAAAACCAGAAUAGUUAGAAUAUCUUUAUCCUUAUUUUCCAGAAGCUUUUUCUCUCAUUACUGUGCAUUUCCUUUAGAAAAAGGAAACCUCUUAUUUUGUGAACCAAAGACUAAUUUUUCCCUUCCUCCUGGCCAAAGGAAGGAAAUGGACACAAAUUGACACAUUUGAAUAGUCGAAGAGCUCCUAUCUUUUACAAAAAAGAAACAUCUUUAUCCAAAUCUGAAACAAAUUGUGUGGAGGGAAAAACUGGAAUAUCUAGCUAAAACCAGGAUACAUACUAAUCUUGCCUCAGAACGGGACGGGGUUCAAACAUCAACUUGUUCUUACAGGGAGGAUUCAAACCCUAAAUAUAAUAAAUGGGGGAUUACGGGUUUGGAGUGUUAGUGCAAAACAACACUGGAAAUAAGUCAGCUUUUCCAGUCAGAUUUCAUCCACAUCUGCAGCCUCCACACCAUCAUCAAAAUGCAACCCCCAGCCCUGCUGCUUUUAUAAAUAAUAACACAGCUGCCAAUGGCAGUAGUGCUGGGUCAGCUUGGCUCUUUCCUGCUCCAGCUGCCCAUAAUAUUCAGGAUGAGAUUCUGGGGUCAGAAAAAGCUAAAACUCAGCAACAGGAAAAGCAAGAGUCCCUAGAAAAACAGCAGCUUUCUCCUGGUCAGAAUCAGGAAGCAGGCAUGCUCUCUGAACCUGAGAAAGCUAAAACUGAAGAAAAUCAGGGCGAUAAUUCUUCAGAGAAUGGCAAUGGGAAGGAGAAAAUAAGAAUAGAAUCUCCAGUGUUAACAGGAUUUGAUUAUCAGGAGGCUUCGGGGCUAGGUACUUCAACACAGCCCUUGACAUCGACUGCAUCUUCCCUGACUGGUUUUAGUAACUGGUCUGCAGCUAUAGCUCCUUCUUCUUCUACAAUAAUAAAUGAAGAUGCAAGUUUUUUUCACCAGGGAGGGGUCCCUACUGCCUCAGCUAAUAAUGGUGCUCUGCUGUUUCAGAAUUUUCCACAUCAUGUCAGCCCUGGCUUUGGUGGUAGCUUUUCCCCCCAAAUCGGACCCCUCUCUCAACACCACCCUCAUCACCCCCAUUUUCAGCAUCAUCACAAUCAGCAUCAGCAACAGAGGAGGUCUCCUGCAAGUCCUCAUCCACCUCCAUUCACACAUAGAAAUGCUGCUUUUAAUCAAUUGCCUCAUUUGGCUAAUAAUCUUAACAAGCCACCUUCUCCAUGGAGCAGCUACCAAAGCCCAUCGCCUACACCAUCUUCAUGGAGCCCUGGUGGUGGUGGAUAUGGUGGGUGGGGUGGGUCCCAAGGUCGAGACCACCGCAGGGGACUGAACGGAGGGAUAACACCCCUGAACUCCAUCUCACCCUUGAAGAAGAAUUUUGCAAGUAAUCACAUCCAGUUACAGAAAUACGCUCGACCCAGCUCAGCCUUUGCUCCAAAAUCGUGGAUGGAAGACAGUUUGAAUAGAGCUGACAACAUUUUUCCUUUUCAGGAUCGAACAAGGACUUUUGACAUGCAUUCACUGGAGAACUCACUAAUUGACAUAAUGAGGGCUGAAAAUGACUCACUGAAAGGUCAGUCCUCUCUCUUUCCAAUGGAAGACGGGUUCUUGGAUGAUGGGCGUGGGGAUCAGACUCUUCACAGUGGGUUAGGAUCACCUCACUGCUUCUCCCAUCAGAAUGGAGAAAGAGUGGAACGGUAUUCCCGGAAAGUCUUUGUCGGCGGAUUGCCCCCAGAUAUUGAUGAAGAUGAGAUCACUGCUAGUUUUCGUCGCUUUGGACCUUUGAUUGUAGACUGGCCACACAAGGCAGAGAGCAAAUCUUAUUUUCCUCCUAAAGGAUAUGCAUUUUUACUGUUCCAAGAUGAAAGCUCUGUACAGGCACUGAUUGAUGCAUGUAUUGAAGAAGAUGGAAAGCUCUAUCUUUGCGUUUCCAGCCCCACUAUCAAAGACAAACCAGUGGAAGUUAAGCCAUAUGUCUUGGAUGAUCAGCUAUGUGAUGAAUGUCAGGGGGCCCGUUGCGGUGGAAAGUUUGCUCCGUUUUUCUGUGCUAAUGUUACCUGUCUGCAGUAUUACUGUGAAUAUUGCUGGGCUGCUAUCCAUUCACGUGCUGGCAGGGAAUUCCACAAGCCCCUGGUGAAGGAAGGAGGAGACCGCCCAAGGCAUAUUUCAUUCCGCUGGAACUAAGUGAUCACUGCAGUGCUCAUAUGCAGGCCUCCAAUUAAGUGCACUCUUCUGUUAUCCUGAUUGUCCCUACCCAACCCUCCCCUUUCUCUUCUUCAAGAUAGCAUGUCCUUUUGUAGUAGUCUGUAAUUUAACAAUAGUAUAACGAAAGAAUGACCUAUAAUAUGGGUAUUUUGUAGAAUCUUGUCAUUGAAAACUGUAUUGGGAACUCCUUUUCGUAUCGAUAACAUGUUGCAAGUGAGUUACCUUCUCUUGUCUUUACUAUGGAGAGAACACUUAAUUUCAUGCAACAUUUUCUUAGAGAGAAAAAUAUUAAGAAAAGAGAAUUGAAACAAUAGAGUAUUUUGGUUUUUUAAUUAAAUUAUUGUUAAUAAAGAACAUAAGAAUACUUUUAUUAAAAUAACUGUGUAACAAUAACACUAUCAGUCUGUUCUGACACUUUUCCCCCAGGGAAGCCUGUUUUUGCCUCUCUUUUUGUUUUGACUUUGGAUUUUUCCAGCAACAGAUGAAGUUAGCAUUUACCUACCAACAGGAAAGAGCAUGUUUAAAGCAACAAAAAUGCAUGAGCAAAGUUGAAGCAGCACUAUAAUAAUGAUCUUUUAAAAAAAAACCUGCUAAGGGUUUUGAGGUUGAAAUUUUAGCUCAGUAUGUAUCUGACCAUGCCUCUGACUACCACCCACAUCCAAAUUACUAAUGAGAUAGGCAGAGCUUACUAUAUUUUAGUGAAAAUUAUUACAUUUUAAGAAUUCCUGAAUGUAAAAGUUGAGUAAAGUUACUACUGAGGGGGGAAUGCACUUUUUUUUUUUUGGUUUUGUUUUGUUUUUUUGAAGAGAACUCAAUUGUCUGGUUACAGCCCUAGAAAUCCUACCAAAGCUAGAGGAAUGACAACUAGGUAACUGGCGUUUCCUCUCCUGAAGGAUAAAUAUAUAGAUUUUAUUUUUGAUGGCUAUAUAUAACUCUAUAUCCUAAUAUACUAACAUUCAUCAGGGGCCAGCCUUUGUUCUCCAUUUUGGCAUGAAAAAGUAGAAAACCUAAAGAUACCUCAAGGAUAUCACUGUUUUUUACUGAAGUUUUGAUAUUCCAUUAUUUCACACAAACUAAAAUUGGCUGCUUAUUCGUUUCCCAUCUUGGAUGUAAACUUAGUUUUAAAUACCCUCUAACUUAGUUGUAACAGAAGGCAUGAACUUAAGUAGUUUCCAAGCCUUGUUUGCACUGAUUUCAGAAUUUGUGCAUGAAAUGGUGCAAGCAUGCAUAUGCCUUUCUUACUCUUCCUGUACAAAGAAUCCCAACUACAGUUCCAUCUCUUCAGAACUUAAAAUGAGGAAAUAAAGAAACAUAGGUAUUUGAAGUGCCAACAUUGCUAAGUUAAUGCCUACUUUAUGUGAAUAAGUUCUACCUUGAGAAGCAUUAACACAGUACAUGUUAACUGAGUGACAAGAGUGGGUGCAGGGGUUUAGUUUGAAGAGUUGAAUGAAGGAGUAGUUCUGAAAAUUAUUUUUAUUACUUUUGAACUAAUGCCCUGGCCAGCUUCCCAAAUGAUUAUUUAGCAGUGUGCAAACAAAACAAAUGUAGUGGCAAUCUUCUGAACUGCCUGAGUGGCAUGGUACCAUCCUAGAUUCUCUCAAACCAAAGACUUGCCUCAGCACUGCUUGGAAAACAUCUGCUUUGUUAAAAGCCUUUUUUGCACCCACCUCCCCCCCCCUCCUCCCCCAAAUCCCUCCCCUAGCCCAGAUUAUCUUUAUGAGAAGCAGUUUUUAUUUUCAAUACAGGCUUUAAUGAACUAUACCUUACCAAGUUCCAAAGGUCAAAAUGGAGACAUUUGCUGUCUACUAGUCAAGUAUAGAAAGGGAGCUGCUUUUAAUGAAAUCCCUGAAAAUAUUGACAACAGUAAUGCAAAUGCAGAGUGCUCUUGUGUAGAUUGUCAGGGACUUUUUUUUCUCUGAAGUACAUAAUUAUAGUUGGAAUGUUCUUUUAAUUUUUUUAAUGCUUGUAGGUGGCUUGGGGUGUGCUAUUGUGCCGAUCCUACCCAGUAAACAGAUGAGAUGGGUUUCCAUUACAAAAAAAUAACACUGUUUGAGAACUAGCUUUGAAUAAUAAUUUUCCCUUUGUACAUGACCUGCUGAAUUUCGGUACAGUGUUUUUGUAGCUAACUUAUUUUGUCAUGCACAUAAUGUAUAUUUGUUAUGCACUACUUUUGUAUAUCUUGUUUUUCCAACAGUGAGCAUUUUUAGGCACACUUUUCACUGACGGGAUAUCUCUUUAUGCAAUACCUCAAUUUUUCAUAUUGCAAAGAGUAGCUUUUUGUACUUUUAUUACUGAGAGAUCUUCAUAUACUUCAUUUUUUAAUAUAAAUAAUUUUAAUAAAUUUUAUUUUCUUAUAUUCUGCUUUUUAUACAUUUCAGUGCUCUGCAUACAUUUUGAAUUAUGGAUGUUGUGCACUGGCAAUGCUAUUUUAGAAUCUGCAGAGAAAAGAAAGCAUGUUGCUUAAACAUCUUAGCCCAGCACCAGGUAUUUGGUGUACAUAUAAUUUAAGAAAUAGUAUAUGUAAAGUUGAGAAUUAAAGAAGAAAAGCAUGAAAAUGACAAAUGACACAGUCUUUAGACCCGUGAAAUUUAAAUGCAUAAAUAUAGUGUAGAAAUCUAAAAGUAAAGAAACAUCAGAAUUGUCUACAGCUUCUUACUAAGUUUUUAAAAAUUAUACACAAAUGCAGACGUUUUUGGUGAAUGUUUAGCCAUUUUUAAUAUUAAUAAAAAUUGAUGUUAGGUGUUUGAUGCAGAAACGUGUCUGCUCUUUUAAAUUAUAUUUAAAGAAUAAAAGAGAGCCUGCUAGGUGGCAGGCAUGUAAUGUUAGUAUGCAUGACUAAUGUAAGAAAUUGUUAUUCUACUAAUAUUCACUUGUGGUUGUGUGACAAGCGUGUUUACAGAUUAUUUGGUUACACUUCGAUUUACAGGGCAUAAACAAUUAUAUACAUUACUCUGUACUUAAAUAGUGAUUACAGGUCCUUCUGAUUACAUGGGAUUUGUAGUUGGGGUUACCGUGUAGCUCCAAACAUAAUUAACAUGUAAUUGGGUUCCCAGUCUUAGGGUAUCACUUCGAUUUGCAAAGGGGUUGAUAAGCAUGUAGUUUUCUCACACUAGCAUGGCACUGGCCAUGUAUUUACAAUGUAGUUACAGAGUAAUUACAUGGUUAUUUUUGCAAUGUAAAAUAAAGUGUUUCUGAUUAUUUUAUAUGUAAAGGAACCCCACUGCCCCGUGCUUUUUGGUAUAGUAUAUACUUCUCCAUACACAGACCUCUGCAGAAUGCAAAUAUAAAACUUGCAGUGAAUGAAUUUAGUGUUUUAUAAGGAUGCUGUUGGAAAGACUUGAUAAUUCACCCCUCUUGUUUUUGAAGAGUAAAACCUUCUGUUUAAAGGUAAUUUAAAACUUGAAUGUGAUGAAUUGUGGCAAGUUAACUUCAAGUUAUGUGCAAUACCUAUUUCAGACUUCUGGAAGAUCUUUGCAGUGUAAUUCUUUGUUUUUAAUUGCAGACAUUUAAAAAUGUCAUUUUCUACUGUUCUAGUAAAUCCUCUUUCUUGCUGGUGUUUCUAAAGAAAAGAAUCAGAAAUCAAUCUUUCUACUAAUGUAAAUUUGAGAUUAUUUUUAAAAAAAUGGAAUAAAAGGUUUUGGUCAUUUGCUUUAUUUUAUUAUCUUAUUUUAAAGCUACUGUGAUAGCAUUGUAAGAAUUGGGACAAUAUUGUAUUCAACUGUUUUAUUUUUUAUAUUUUUAAAUUUUAAAGUAUAAUUAGUUUUUAUAAUUUUCAUCAGAUUUUUUGUUAUAUUUUUUGGAAGUGAAACUUUUAGCAAGUGGGUGUCUAGUUUUUACUAAUCCCUAAUAUGUUUUUCCCCCAAUGUAUUGCUCAUAUUAUCAGAAGGAAAAGUUAUUUAAGUAUGUCAGUUAAUUGUACUACUUGGCUGAAUUUCCAUAUAGUUUUUACUGUGUAUGGGGAGGUUGUAGUAUUUAUUAUAGCAUUUUAAAUAAGGGUAAUUCAUUUUUUAUUAAAGUCAUUUUCACGUUUAAGUUCAUAUUUUUGUAUGUUCUACUCUAAGUUAUAUAACACAAGUUACUUUUUUUAAAGAGUUCAUUUGUUGAAGUGCUAGUGAAAAUUAAUGUUAUUAAAUAGUUUGCAAAUGACUAUUUAUACCAGUAUGCAUAUAAUUUUUAAAUAUUUGUAAUGUGAGAUGUUGAAUGAAUAAAACUUUUAACUCAA